AUGGAGGACACUGCGCUCUUGAUCGAUCAGCGAUCGUUGGUCUUCACCAAAGAGAGUGAUGUUCACGAGCGCGAUCUGGGACCUACGAAUCCCACCGAAGGAGCCAAAAUCGCUUUGAAGCGUGACUUUCCAUGGCUUGAGUUCAUGUAUCACACUGCAGUACUCGCCAUAGUUGGUAUCCUUCUGUGGAUACACAUCAUCGGACUCUUUUGGAGGGAUUUCAAGAUCAAAAACCAGAAACGGCAGAACAUGGAACUCAUGGCAUUUCAGGUCGCGUCCAAGGCUCACGAGUUGCUGAUGCUCGCAUCACUAUCCAUGAUUGUCUUUCACUACAUGCGAAGACUGCUGGUCGGGCGAAACGGUAUUCCCUUCGGACUCGUCAAUGCACUUCAUGUCACAGGCUCGCCCAGCAUGCUGUUCAAGUGGUCAUUCUGGGCGGGGUGGAGGCGUCACCUCCCAUUCGGAGGCUUGUUGUUUCUCACCUGUAUCUUUUCGCUGACUUUAGGACCGUCAUCCGCGAUCACGAUGAUUCCUUCGCUUGAGUGGUACGAUAUGAAGAACGCUUUUCCAGCCAACGGCUCAACCUUUAUCAGUUUCACGAAGACUGGAUCACGCGAUGACUUGCUCUUCACAGAUCUACGUGCGAGCAGCGUUCAACGGAAGGUCUCCAUCAAGACUGGCAAUGACCCAGAGGGCGGCUGGGCCUACACCACCGUCGUCACAGAGCUGAGCUCGAGAACACUCGGUACAUUUUAUAACUAUGCAAGACACAACAAUGCCGGCGGUACUAGAGACAUGGCAUAUCCCCGAUUGCGCAUCAAAGCGGACACUCCAAUACACCAGCCCAUCGUCUAUGUGAAGUGUAGCCUCUCUAUGUGGACCCAAGUCCCGGAUCGACUACGCGUCCCAUUUCCGAACAUCGAUAGGUCACAGGCAUGGGGGCAGGAGGCAUUGCAUCCCGAAGCUGAGACACAAUACGCCAAGUCUAACGAUACCAUCUUUGAUCGGCUACCGAGUAAAAACGCGAGGUUCAAAUGGUACAAAAACAACAACGGGGAUUUGUCAUCAUCGCUACUUGCGUUGGCAAUCAUCCCUGUCUCGGCCAAAAACUCAACAAAAGACAGAUACCCAUCCACUGCCACUGUGGCAUGCUCAACUGAUGCAAGGUGGGUCUCUAGCGAUGCAUAUUACCAGCCCAAGAACUCGACCACUGUCUCGAGCAACGUUUCUGAUGCACUCUCCGAGACCGAAUGGAAACCCGAAAAAGCACUCCUCACCAAGUUGGGCAUAUCAGAAAACCCACUCGACCUGAGGCUCGACUGGGCGCAUUUUCUGAACCGAAAACAAAGCGAGUGGCUAGCCGACAACUCUUCCUCCAGUGUCAGUGGCAUGGCCCGGUUCCUCAAUACUGCCAUCAUCCGCCCUAAACAAGAAGAGAACCGAAUUACGGCGUUCUAUGCGCCUAAUAUGACGACCCCAGACACGGGCGGCGCAUUCGAAGAGGCAAUAGCGAUGCUGGUGGGAACUGUGCUUGUGGACGGCAUAGCGCGAAGCAUGUCUAGAUUAUCCUCUUUUGUCAAAACUAACGCCACCGCUGACGUGGUAACAAGACUUGAAACCUUUCUUCCCUCGGGUGAAAGGCUUUUCAAGUGGAAUCCAGACAGCUACGUUCCCGAUUUUUACUCAGUUCGCAUCACACUCGAUUCCUACGGAUACGGAUACGGUCUCCAGAACACGGCCGUCUGGGCAGCCAUGAUUGUCCUGCUGCUCUUUGCGCUGAUGUUGAUUGUGCAUAUAGCAUUUGUAGGCUAUUCUGUCGCUAGGGGACGGUACUACGGUGGCGAGUGCUGGGAGGACGUAGCGGAGCUUAUCGCGUUGGCAAUGAAUUCGGCGCCGAGCGAGAAGUUGUACGGCACGAGUGCGGGUGUGGAGCGCGUCGAUACAUGGAGGAGUUUGGUCAGGAUCCAGGAGACAGGCGACCAACAUCUGGAAUUGUGUGUCGUGGAUGGACAGCGGGAGGAUGGAGAGACGGUAAAGGUCGGGAAGAAGUACUUGUAA